AUGCCCCAUUUCUUCGACCUGCCCCGCGAGGUGCGGGAUCUGAUCUACGGCCAAUACGUCAUUUCCGACGGCGGUUAUGUAUUGGACUUCGAAAGUAACACCCUCAGAUGUGCCAACGGCGACAACAUCGACCUUGCCUUCAUGCUCACCUGCAAAGCUGUGGCAAAUGAAUUGAGGACCGUGCCGUUCUCUACGAAUACUCUCGACUUUUCUACGACAUGUUCUGAGGAGCAUCGCGUCACCGCCGGUCGUUUCGGCGAUAUAGUCAUGCGUAUAUCGAAGCAGCUGGGGGAGAAGUUGCACAACAUAUACCCCGAUAAUCUCAGCGUUCCUGAUGAUGUCUGGGAGGAGCUCACGCGGGAUCAUCCAAGAUUUGCGCCGUACCUCGGCAUGAUCAAAGGUAGAGCAAACAAAUGGUGGACCAACGACCAAGGCAAGUUGAGGCAACAUUCGGACUGGCGAAAUGUCAGUUCCACUGGCUGCUGCGAGGAAACACCGUCUGUUUUCCGCAAGUUCUCCCGUGCUGCCAUGCAAACUAUUCUGGCACACAAGGAUCGAUUCAGCCCGGAGCAAUUCUCAAACUUCCAGAACGGAGUAUUUGUCCUUGGAGAGGAACGCAGGAACGAUGAUGGGACGGAACCAGCACACCUUGAGAGGCUGGCCGGACUGAAUCCCGAUCCCUGGGAAAUUCCGACCCGACAAAGAGUUGACGGCAUGAUGAAUCUUAUCCGCAAUAUUGAGGCGGAGCGGAUGGAAGCGGAACGGAAAGCUCGCCGUGAAAGAUGGGAUCGCGAUUGCGGACUCGAUACAAGCUUGAUCAAGUAUCACUACUCCGCAGCGGCUGUAGCUAUUCGGUUUCUCAAGUCUUUAUCGAGGGAUACCCGAUUGAAUAUCAGGAAAAUCCUACUCAAAGAAGAGUGA